UUCAAGUUUGGAUCACGGCCAUUCAUUCUAGAGUUUUCCAUAGUGCAACGUGACCUUUGUGAUUUUGUCUGAGGAUGAAAAUGGAGGUGCAAGACCCCACAGGGCAUAAAAAAGAGGAAGUGUCUCAUGCCCUCCAGGCCAGUGUGGGUCACAAACCCAGAGCAGACUUUGAAGGGGGAAGGAAUGCCUCUGAAGUAAUGCCGUCAGGGAGUAGCGGGGGUUACCUGAGUACAGCAACUCCGUAUCGGGUGAAGGAGGAACCAGAAGAAGGUUUCGCCCUGCGCUGGGAAGACCAGUGGCAGGAGUUCCUGAGGACAGUGGAGUCGCCUCAGUCAGGGCAGGAAAUCCCAGAGUUACUGGAGGAACCCUCACACUGGGAUGACAUUAAAUCCUUCUUGGCCUCCUUCGAGCAAGUAGCCAAAGCCUGCCGGUGGCCCAAGAAUGAAUGGGCAGCCCGGCUCCUGCCAGCCCUCAGCGGGGAAACCAAACAGGCUUAUAUUAGACUGGAAUCCGGAGACAGAGAGGAUUAUGGGAAGGUCAAGGCAGCCAUCUUGCAAGGAGAUGCCAUGAACAGAGAGAAGAUACGCCAACACUUCCGGCAGUUCUGCUACCAGGAGGCAGAGGGACCAAGAGGGGCUCACAGCCGACUCCAGGAACUUUGUUUUCAAUGGCUGAAGGUUGAGAGGCACUCCAAGGAGCAGAUCCUGGAGCUGUUGAUCCUGGAACAGUUCCUGACGGUCCUGCCCCCAGAAAUCCAGGCCUGGGUGAGGGAAUGUGGGCCGGAGACCUGCUCCCAGGCAGUGGCCCUGGCUGAGGAUUUCUUGCAGAGGCAGCGAGAGGCCCAGAGGCAGGAAAACCAGGUGGCCUUUGAGGAUACGUCUGUGUAUUUCUCCGAGGCAAGCCAGGCUACAUCUGAGGUGGAAUGGAGGCAACUGUGCCCGGAAACCAAGCAGGAAGAUGCUGGGGACCCUGGCCUGCUGGCAGGUGAUGAAUGGGAAAGUGAUACGGAGGAGGGUGAACCACAUGACUUGUCCCCACUGAAAGGGAAAGAUGAGAUACUGAAGGAGAACUCUUGGGAUCAAGAUGGAUUGGAGGAACAAGAGGGGAACUACUUAGAGAAGAGGAAGGAAAAAUCUGUCCUUUGUUGGGAUCGAGGCUUCCGUGAAAACCCAGUUGAACUUCUACAAACUGAAAAGAGAAGAAGCAAGUAUCUCAGCGUUCACUGGAGAAUCCAUGCAGCAGAGAAACCAAACAAAAGCUUAAAAUUUGGCAAGAGCUUUAGCUGGGGCAGAAAUCUCUCUGAAUGCCAGGCACUCCACACUGGGGUGAAACCAUAUAAAUGCUCUGUGUGUGGAAAGGGAUUCAGCCAAAGCACACACCUGACUUCACACCAAAGGAUCCAUACCGGGGAGAGACCGUACAGCUGCUCGGAAUGUAGCAAGAGUUUCAAUCAGAGCACGAGUCUCAUUCAGCACCAGAGAAUCCACACAGGGGAAAAACCAUAUCAGUGCUCCGAGUGUGGGAAAAGCUUCCGGCACAGCACAAGCCUCACAUCACACCAACGUAUCCACACGGGGGAGAAGCCAUACAAGUGCUCGGAGUGUGGGAAAGGCUUUUGCAAUCAGUCAGGGCUGAUCAACCACAAGACAAUUCACACAGGAGAGCGGCCAUAUAAAUGUUUGGAGUGUGGGAAAAGCUUCAGUCAGAGCACGCACCUGACGUCCCACCAACGAAUCCACACAGGGGAGAAACCAUAUAAAUGCUCGGACUGUAGCAAGACCUUUUGUGACCAGUCAGGGCUGGUUAAACAUCAAAGGAUUCAUACUGGGCAGAAACCGUACAAGUGCUUGGCCUGUGGGAAGAGCUUCAGUCAAAGCACAAACCUUAUCAGACAUCAGAGAAUUCAUUCGGGGGAGAAAUGCCCACAUUAGCCUCCCCAAGGACUUAGAUCAGCAGAGAGAGCCAUGUUUCCGAGGCUCUGCUUUUUUCCAGCGGUUACCCUUUCUUGUAUGACACCUCCUUGCCAAAAGUUUGUGGUGUAUAUGUGAUUUUCAUCACAUAUUUUAAUAGAAUGAUUUCUGUGGCUUGUU